CGCAAUUCCAGUAAACAAGGAUUGGUAGUAGACACUUUCUCUAGAGAACCGUAGUAGCUAAAAUUCUAACUCUACAUCUCAUACCACCCAACAUCUAACGAAUAAACAACCAAAGAUGAUAGCAUAAACAAGAAUCAUACUCCCUCCGUUUCGUUUUUAUAGGCCGGUUUGGGAUAGCGGCGUGAUUAAGGAUUUUAUUAGUCUGCCGUUCUUUUUAUGUGUUUUUUCCAUUUUUGCGCUUACCCAAUAAAUUCCGCUCUCCAAAAUUGAAACCGAGAACAACCAAAUUCAAAACUUCUCUCUGAAAUUGAAACUGAGAAAACAACUCUUCCAAAUUCAAAAUUCGUGUGUUUUCUGGAUCUGUUGAAUUGAAUUAAAGAUGGGGAAAGGAUGAAUCAGAUUGUUUAAGAGAGUUUAAAGUUGAUAAAGAAUUUUGAUUAACUAAAGAAGAAGUUGAGAAGCGUCGUCAGAUUGUUCAAGGGUUCGAAUGAAUUUGAGAAACAUGACGGUCCUUCGAUUUGGAGUUUGGUUUUAGAUCAGUUUAAUGAUACUCUAGUUAGGGUUUUACUUGUUGCUGCUGUUAUUUCGUUUGUUUUAGCUUGGUAUGAUGGUGAUGAAGGAGAACUGUGUUGAUGAAUUCCAGCUGAUAUGAAAGUAUUGAAUGUGAGUGAAAUGGGUUUUGAUGAAUUCCAGCUGAUAUGAAAGUAUUGAAUCCGAGUGAACUGUGUUGAUGAAUUCCAGCUAUUAUUCUCAGUGUGUGUCAAUGGGGAUUCACCCUUUAAGUGUUUGAUAAAAUUACCGAGUGAAAUGGGUUUUGACUUAAAUCAAAUUCCUGUGGAUAAUCUAUCUCAAGUGAUGAAGAAGAAGAAGAAGAAGAAGAAGAUUUAUACAACAAGAUAAUGCAAAACCACAUGCCCACGAGAAUGAUAAAUUUUUUUAUGGAAGCGGUUAGAAGUUAUGGGUUAGAUAUCGAGUUGUUGUGUCAACCUCCAAACAGCCCCGACUUGAAUGUUUUAGAAUGGGUUCUUCAGCGCUAUAUCUGCACUUCAUCAUACUGAUGCUCCAACUACAGUAGAUGAGUUUAUCGCAAGUGUUGCGAGAGCGUUUGAAAGUUUCUCGGUUGAAGACGCAAAUAAUGUUUUCAUAACAUUACAAUCUUGCAUGAAGGAGAUUCUUAGAAUCAAGGGUGGGAUUCACUACAAGAUUCCUCAUAUGCAUAAAUGGUGUUUAAUUAGAGAUGGACAACUCCCAAAUGUACUUGAGUGUGAUCCUCAAGUAUUGAAUGAGGCCAGGGAAUUUAUGAGAAAGUAUGAAAUUAUGCAAGAAAGUUCUUCAGAGAGCCAAAUCUAUCAAUAAAUUGAAGAUAGCACAGCUCAUGGACCUCCCUCCAGUAGCAAUUGUAUGCGGGUUAGCAGGAAAGCAUUGCACAGAGGUCUAUUAUCCGAAGCCACUGCUUGAGCUAUAUAGGAGAAGCAUCCAUAUUCGUCCACCUCGUGAUUCAGCACCCAAGCCACCUGAACCAGUCGUUCCGCUUAUCCCAAUGGAAGAAAACAAUGGCUUUGGUGCUCAAUGGUUAAGGCCAUUACUGGAAGCAAACUAUUUCAUUCCUUGUAGUGACCAUGGGGAAGAAAUAUCUAAAAGUGAAUGCAAAUAUUUUUGCUUGGAUUGUAUGGGUAAAUCCAUUUGUUCUUACUGUCUGAUUCAUCAUAGAGAACAUCGCAUUGUUGAAAUAAGGAGGUCUAACUACCACAACGUUAUAAGGGUUAAUGAAGUUCAGAAGCACAUAGACAUUUCUGGUGUUCAACAUUAUGUAAUCAACAAUGCUGAAAUUGUUUUUCUCAACGAACGCCCUCAAUUAAGACAUGGUAAAGGAGUUACAAAUACAUGUGAAAUUUGUGCCAGGACCUUGCUUGAUUCAUUCAGAUUUUGUUCUUUGGGUUGUAAGGCGAAGAAGAUGAUGUAUGCUGUCGAAAAGCUAUGGAAUCUGUGGAAAAGCUUUCCAAGUAAACAUGUCAGAUCAAGAACUUCAAUCAGGCCACUUUGAUAUUUGUUCAGGUUGCAGGAUAGCAAUAAGGAAAACAUCAAAUUGGUUUGCACUAAAGAAAAGCCUUUGCCAAGGAGGAAAAUACAGAAAAGGAGUCUGUACAGGAAAAGGAAAGGGAGGAAAGCGUUAACAGUUCGCCAACCAGUUUUUUUCCUUAUGCAGUCCAAUUGUUCUUACUCAAUUGAAGUCCAGAUAUUGUAUUCAUGGUGACUCAUUCUUUAACAAAAACUUCUAGUACUCCAUUGAAGUCUAGAGAUUGUAUUCAUGAUGAUUUAUCAACAAAAACUCAUUUCAAUAAAAAACACUUCCUGUA